AUGAAUUCAAAAAGAAACUGUGAUAGUUGUGGUAAACGAUUAAGUGGAAGUGGUAAACGCCCUAUUACUGGAACUUCGAUGCGAAUAUUCAUUAGCGCACGAGUGUAUCCUUCUCGAGUUCCAAAUGAUGGGUUGGUUUGCGAUAAAUGUCGAUGGUUGUACAAGCAAUGGAUUGCAGAAUAUGACUUCUGUCAAAUUUUAUUGAAUAUUGAUAGUUUACAAGAAGACAACGACACAAUUGAUGAAAAAUUCAAUGAAAGAAAUAAUGCAAAUAGCUCUAAUGUUGAAUCGGACGAUCAAAUAUUGGAUGAUAAUGAAUCUGAUGAAAAUGAUUCGAAUGGUGCAGAUAUGGAUUUUAAUGAGAAAGAUGAAGUAUAG